AUGAAAUUCUCAGUGGUACUUUCUUUAUUACCAGCUAUUGCUUUAGCUCAAUCAUCAUCACAAUCUCAAGAAACUUCAACUAUCUGGGUUGAAGCUGAAGAAACUGAUGCUUAUCAAUGGGAUGCGGAUUGGUACAAAGAUUAUCCUAUUCAUUCAUCAUGUAACCGUACCAAAUACAAUCAAUUAGUUCAAGCUUUCCAAGAAACUAAACAAGUUGCUGCUCAUGCUCGUGAUCAUACUUUAAGAUAUUCAAACAAUUCUGAAAUUUAUAGAAAAUAUUUUGGUAAUGCUCCAAGUGGUGAAGUUGUUGGUUGGUUUUCAAAUGUUGUUGAUCAAGAUAAAACUGGUUUAUUAUUCAGAUGUGAUAACCCAGAUGGUAACUGUAACAAUUCAGGUUGGGCUGGUCACUGGAGAGGUGAAAAUGGUACUGAUGAAACUGUUAUUUGUGAUUUAAGUUUCAAUUCAAGAUUAUGGAUUUCUCAAUUAUGUUCAAGAGGUUACAGAGUUUCUAAAGUUAAAGAUUCAGUUUUCUGGGCUGGUGAUUUAUUACAUAGAAUUUGGCACACAUCUAUAAUGGGUCAAAAUGUUGUUGGUCAUUAUGCUGACACUUAUGAUGAGAUUUUAGAAUUAGCUUUAACUAAUGAAGAAGAAGCUGUUAGAAAUUCAGCAACAUUGAGAUACUAUGCUUUAGAAGUUUACGCUUAUGAUAUUGCAGUUCCAGGUGUUGGAUGUAGUGGUGAAGAUGAAGAAGAAGAGGAAUCAUCAGAACAACCAACUUCAAGUACCCAAGCUGAAGGUGGUACUGAAUGUCAUACCCAUGCUGAUGGUGAAACCCACUGUGUUUAG